AUAAAGCGAUGCACGCGAACGGCGAAGGGAAAAGCGGAGAGGGGACGUGGGAGGAAAGCGAAAGGGUCACACUGGGCCACGAAACAAAGUAAUGAGACUUUGGUCCUCUUUCUUUCUCCAUUCCUCUAGGGUUUAUGUACUCAAGGUAGAGGUUACUGGGCACGCGAAGACAUGCCAAAUACUGCCGAGGAGUCUCCGGUGGACUGAAAGCCAAUGUUGCGCAUGCGGACGAAAAAGCGCCCAAGUCACCAGCGGAACCUGCGCGCUGGACAGAGGUUGCAGCACGGCGCCAGCGGCAAGCGGUAGGGACGUGCGCGCACGCGCAGUGGCGUUUCUGGUACAGCCAGCCCACUAGUGGUCUCCAGACCUGCAGGGACUCGGAGCGAGGGUCUGUGCAGCACCCUUCCACGCGCCGUCACCGUCUCCCAGGGGACUGAGGCCUGUUGAGGACACCUUGGGGGCGUGUCCGAGGCUGGCUGUGCGUCCCCGCCUCUCUUGUCCUGUCUCGGGGCAGUGGAGCUGAAAAAGGACUAAGCGUGACGAGGGGUAGUAGGAAGAAGAGAUCCUGUUUUCUAUGCACAUGGAGUGAAGUUAAGCCCUGUGAGCGAGCAGAUAGCGGGGGUGGGGGGGGGGAAGAAAGAGAGAAAAGAAAAGAAAAAGAAAAUGAAGUUAAAGUUUAAAGAACUAGAGAGUCGCCUGCAACAAGUGGAUGGAUUCGAAAAACCCAAGCUACGUCUAGAACAGUAUCCGACCCGGCCGCACAUUGCAGCUUGUAUGCUCUAUACAAUCCAUAACACAUAUGACGACAUUGAAAAUAAAGUGGUUGCAGAUCUAGGAUGUGGUUGUGGAAUGCUUAGCAUUGGAACUGCAAUGUUAGGAGCAGGGUUAUGUGUUGGAUUCGACAUAGAUGAAGAUGCACUGGAAAUAUUUAAUAGGAAUGUGGAAGAGUUUGAAUUAACAAAUGUUGAUAUGAUUCAGUAUGAUGUGUGCUCAUUAUCUAACAGAAUGCCCAAGUCAUUUGACACAGUGAUUAUGAAUCCUCCCUUUGGGACCAAAAAUAAUAAAGGGAUAGAUAUGGCUUUUCUGAAGAUUGCUUUGGAAAUGGCAAGAACAGCAGUAUAUUCUUUACACAAAUCCUCAACUAGAGAACAUGUUCAGAAAAAAGCUGCAGAAUGGAAAGUCAAGAUAGAUAUUCUUGCAGAGCUUCGAUAUGACCUGCCAGCAUUAUAUAACUUUCAUAAAAAGAAAUCAGUAAGUCUCUUGAUUCUGGCCAUCCAGCAUUCAGUACUGAAAACUCUUCAACCAAUCAUAUUUCCACUAUUAUCAAAUUGCCUGGGUAAAUAUAUAAAGCCAGCCCCAGAGAUUAGCUGUAAAAGUUGGGUGUGGUGGUACACAUCUGUGAUCCCAGCACUUGGGAGACUGAAGCAGGAAAAUUGCCUGAAGCCAGGUAAAGCUUCACAGUAAGUUCAAGGCCAGCCUGAACUCACUCAGGCCGUCUGACACUGUCUCAAAAACCAGUGUGAGAAGGGCUCACAAUAAACAGCUAACACUCUAUAGUUGAAAAUCUUAAAUAGGGCACAAAAAGUAAAAAGUGAAUUCUUA